AUGUCAGAGAUGCGUACGUCUUGGCUUCGAAUGCGUCUACUCGGUCAAAAAGCCUAUGGGCCGACCGGCAAGACGGAAAUUAGCCUUGCCAUCAACCCCGGCAUGGCCCAUCUUCAAUGCCCCGGACGAUUCUACAUCCGCUACAGAAACCGUGAACCCGGUGUCCAAUUCAUCACCUUCUUCUGGCUUUCAGCUCUCGCCGACGUAGCACCCGGAAUAGAUGACCCUGUUCACUUGGACUCUGGAGAGGUUAACGACUCAUCAUCUUCGGGUGUUGAAUUUUCUCCACCAUUCGAUGAGAUUCCGCUCCCUGCCCUGUCAACUUCUCUCACGUCGCGGACAUCUUCAGCCCCAGCAGCAUCACCAACUGCACAACCCGCCUCGGCGUGUGCCUGUCUAGCAUCAUGCUACCUCACAAUGGACCAUCUCUGCAAGAACGAAAAGCUCACAUUUCCUUCUGGUCUUCAACAGUUACGCAAAGCCAUUGCGACAGCAACAGAAAUGGCGCACUGCCAGGUCUGUCCAGGUAACAAUCUCUUCGCCAUGCAGAAUAUCCAACUUCUAGUCACGUUGGUCAUGUCAAUAGUGAAACAAUACGAUGUUAUCCUACAGAGUAUAGACGAAGAAUGCGGGUCAUUGGACCAGCAACCUCGCACAAAGCACCUCCAUUUCAAAGUUGCAGAGGACGAAAUCACCGAUACUCCAACGACGGAUGGUUUUCUGGACUACCCGAUAGAAGUGAGCCCCACCCAAUGGACGACCUUGGCCAAAAAGGUUGUGAAGAAUGAGGUAUACGGCAGGGACGGUAGCCACGGUUCCCUAUGGGCUCUUUUAAUAUUCCUUGAACAGCGACAGGUCAAGUGGCACGCUGUCCCACCUAAACGGGAUUGUCGUCACAAUCAUCAACCAGAUGAUGAACCGUUCUGCAUUAAGUUUAUCUGGAAGUCUAAAGAGCUUCUAGCGGCGCUAAAGUUCGAGGACGCUGAUGAAGGGGCGCAAGACGAACAAUAG